AGACAGUCAUUAAGAGGUCCUCCUGACUCUCUAGCAGAGAAGCAGGCACAAUGUGCAAGCUCACUUUACUCGCAGGUUUAUUCCUGUCCAUGUGCCACUUGGGCACCUUACUGCCAGAGGCAGCAUCUACAACCAAAACUGCAACCGAAUCUAAAAUUGUUAUUGUGGCCAUUAACAAGACAUCUACCACUGUAACCAGUAGUAGUUUCUGCGCCGACAAGGUUGAUGGGCUAUAUUUGAAUGCAGAGACGCCUGCAUCUUACUAUCAGUGUGCUAACGGCUUCACCACAGUCAAAAGCUGCCAGAUGGGCCAAGUGUUCAACAACAGCUGCAGGUGCUGCAUGUCAUCAGGCAAUUCUGAAGUAGCCCCACUACCAUCUACACGCGCCUCACAACCAGAAGCACAACCCACAACCAAAACUCCAACCAAGGAAACCACCAAGGUCAAUUCCAAGGAAAACACCAAGGUCAAUUCCAAAGAAACCUCCAAGGUCAAUUCCAAGGAAAACACCAAGGUCAAUUCCAAAGAAACCUCCAAGGUCAAUUCCAAGGAAAACACCAAGGUCAAUUCCAAGGAAACCACCAAGAUCAACAGCGCCACCACUACCAGAGUGAACGGCAGUCUUUUCUGUGCAGACAAAAAUAAUGGGUUUUAUGUCAAAGAAGAUGCCCCUGGAUCUUUUUAUCAGUGUGUUAACGGCUCUACCUGGAUCAAGAUUUGCCCCGCUGGCCUGGUCUUCAAUAACAGCUGUAUGUGCUGCAGUUCACCGAAACACUCCGGAGAACAUCUUAAGAAAAUGCAUGCAAACGAGGACAACAAUGAAGAUGAUUCCAAUGCCGUCAACAGCACUGUCAUUGUCAAGGGCAGUAGUUUCUGUGCAGCCAGGGAUGAUGGGCUGUAUGUCAAAACAAAUGUACCUGGAGGUUUUUAUCAGUGUGUUAAAGGCGUAACCUGGAUGAAAUACUGCCCCACUGGAAAAGUCUUCAACAACAGCUGCAAGUGCUGCAAGUCACCCAAAGACUCUGGCUCCAGCUCCAAAAUUGUCUGCUACUUUCCCAACGGGGCCCAGUACAGACCUGGAAUUGGGAAGUUCCGGCCAGAUAAUAUCAACCCAAAAAUGUGUACUCAUCUGAUCUAUGCCUACUCCAUUAUCAACUCGUCCAAUGAACUUGACAUCUCAGAACAGGAUGAUGAGACCCUGUACAGCUCCUUCAACGGACUUAAAAGCAGAAAUCCUCAGCUCAAAACACUGUUGGCUGUGGGUGGACCGAACUUUGGCACAAAACAGUUCACCAUCAUGGUUUCAACACCUGGUAAUCGACAGAAGUUCAUCCAGUCCUCAAUCAGUUUUCUCAGGAAGCAUGGAUUUGAUGGGUUAGAUCUGGCCUGGGAGUACCCUGGAUCACAGGGCAGCCCCCCGGAGGACAAGCAGAGAUUCACGCUGUUGUGCCAGGAGUUCCUGGCUGCCUUUGUUGCUGAAAACAAUGCAACCACGGUUACAAAUAUGACUAAGGAUAAUCAGGGGAACGGUGACACUAAAGGCAAGGCAACCAACCGCAACAGACUACUGCUAACUGCUGCUGUGGCUUCUGGGAAAUAUGCCAUUGAUGCUGGCUAUGAAAUUGCCGAAAUUUCAAAAUACCUGGACUUCAUUAAUGUAAUGACCUAUGACUUCCAAUCAUCUGGAGCCAAUGUGACAAGACACCAUUGCCCUCUGUAUCGGGGAUCUCAAGACACAGGAGACCUGAUAUACUCCAACAUUGACUUUGCCAUGACUUACUGGCGAAACCAGGGAGCCCAUGCUGAGAAACUGAUUAUGGGCUUUUCAACAUAUGGUCGUACGUUCCAACUCUCCUCUGGAAACACUGGUGUCGGAUCACCAGCCAAAGGUGUUGGUGCAGCUGGACCUGUCACUGGGGUGGCUGGUGUCUUAUCUAAUUAUGAGACCUGUUCUUUCCUCCAAGGAGCAACUGUCCAGUGGAUUGAGGAUCAACAGGUUCCCUGCGCCUUCAAAGGAAAUCAGUGGGUUGGAUUUGACAAUAGAGAUAGCUAUGAUGCAAAGGUCAGUUACCUAAAGUCUAAUGGCUUUGGAGGGGCUAUGGUCUGGUCCCUGGACAUGGAUGACUUUUCUGGACAGUAUUGUAGGCAGGGCAGCUAUCCCCUGAUUGGCCAUCUCCAACAAUUACUCACCAUCGACUCUUCAGUGAUUGGAGCACAAACCACAACCAAAAUGACAACCAAGUCCAAACCUGAGGUCAACCCCACUGUCCGUGUUAAGACCAACACCACAGUCCGUGUUAUGACCAACACCACAGUCCGUGUUUCUGGCAGUAGUUUCUGUACAAACAAGGAUGAUGGGAUUUAUGUCAGUACCGAUGGAACUUUCUAUCAAUGUGCUAAGGGCUUAACCUGGAUGAUAUACUGCCCAACUGGACUAGUCUUUGACAUCAGCUGCAAGUGCUGCAAGUCACCCAAAAACUCUGGCUCCAGCUCCAAAAUGGUCUGCUACUUUCCCAACGGGGCCCAGUACAGACCUGGAAUUGGGAAGUUCCUGCCAGAUAAUAUCAACCCAAAAAUGUGUACUCAUCUGAUCUAUGCCUACUCCAUUAUCAACUCAUCCAAUGAACUUGACAUCUCAGAACAGGAUGAUGAGACCCUGUACAGCUCCUUCAAUGGACUUAAAAGCAGAAAUCCUCAGCUCAAAACACUGUUGGCUGUUGGUGGACCGAACUUUGGCACAAAACAGUUCACCAUCAUGGUUUCAACACCUGGUAAUCGACAGAAGUUCAUCCAGUCCUCAAUCAGUUUUCUCAGGAAGCAUGGAUUUGACGGGUUAGAUCUGGCCUGGGAGUACCCUGGAUCACAGGGCAGCCCCCCGGAGGACAAGCAGAGAUUCACGCUGUUGUGCCAGGAGUUCCUGGCAGCCUUUGUUGCUGAAAGCAAUGCAACCACGGUUACAAAUAUGACUAAGGAUAAUCAGGGGAACGGUGAUACUAAAGGCAAGGCAACCAACCGCAACAGACUACUGCUAACUGCUGCUGUGGCUUCUGGGAAAUAUGCCAUUGAUGCUGGCUAUGAAAUUGCGAAAAUUUCAAAAUACCUGGACUUCAUUAAUGUAAUGACCUAUGACUUCCAAUCAUCUGGAGCCAAUGUGACAAGACACCAUUGCCCUCUGUAUCGGGGAUCUCAAGACAGAGGAGACCUGAUAUACUCCAACAUUGACUUUGCCAUGACUUACUGGCGAAACCAGGGAGCCCAUGCUGAGAAACUGAUUAUGGGCUUUUCAACAUAUGGUCGUACGUUCCAACUCUCCUCUGGAAACACUGGUGUCGGAUCACCAGCCAAAGGUGUUGGUGCAGCUGGACCUGUCACUGGCGUGGCUGGUGUCUUAUCUAAUUAUGAGACCUGUUCUUUCCUCCAAGGAGCAACUGUCCAGUGGAUUGAGGAUCAACAGGUUCCCUGCGCCUUCAAAGGAAAUCAGUGGGUUGGAUUUGACAAUAGAGAUAGCUAUGAUGCAAAGGUCAGUUACCUAAAGUCUAAUGGCUUUGGAGGGGCUAUGGUCUGGUCCCUGGACAUGGAUGACUUUUCUGGACAGUAUUGUGGGCAGGGCAGCUAUCCUCUGAUUGGCCAUCUCCAACAAUUACUCACCAUCGACUCUUCAGUGAUUGGAGCACAAACCACAACCAAAAUGACAACCAAGUCCAAACCUGAGGUCAACCCCACUGUCCGUGUUAAGACCAACACCACAGUCCGUGUUAUGACCAACACCACAGUCCGUGUUUCUGGCAGUAGUUUCUGUACAAACAAGGAUGAUGGGAUUUAUGUCAGUACCGAUGUACCUGGAACUUUCUAUCAAUGUGCUAAGGGCUUAACCUGGAUGAUAUACUGCCCAACUGGACUAGUCUUUGACAUCAGCUGCAAGUGCUGCAAGUCAACCAAAGAAUCUGGCUCCAGCUCCAGCUCCAAAAUGGUCUGCUACUUUCCCAACGGGGCCCAGUACAGACCUGGAAUUGGGAAGUUCCUGCCAGAUAAUAUCAACCCACAAAUGUGUACUCAUCUGAUCUAUGCCUACUCCAUUAUCAACUCAUCCAAUGAACUUGACAUCUCAGAACAGGAUGAUGAGACCCUGUACAGCUCCUUCAAUGGACUUAAAAGCAGAAAUCCUCAGCUCAAAACCCUGUUGGCUGUUGGUGGACCGAACUUUGGCACAAAACAGUUCACCAUCAUGGUUUCAACACCUGGUAAUCGACAGAAGUUCAUCCAGUCCUCAAUCAGUUUUCUCAGGAAGCAUGGAUUUGAUGGGUUAGAUCUGGCCUGGGAGUACCCUGGAUCACAGGGCAGCCCCCCGGAGGACAAGCAGAGAUUCACGCUGUUGUGCCAGGAGUUCCUGGCGGCCUUUGUUGCUGAAAGCAAUGCAACCACGGUUACAAAUAUGACUAAGGAUAAUCAGGGGAACGGUGAUACUAAAGGCAAGGCAACCAACCGCAACAGACUACUGCUAACUGCUGCUGUGGCUUCUGGGAAAUAUGCCAUUGAUGCUGGCUAUGAAAUUGCGAAAAUUUCAAAAUACCUGGACUUCAUUAAUGUAAUGACCUAUGACUUCCAAUCAUCUGGAGCCAAUGUGACAAGACACCAUUGCCCUCUGUAUCGGGGAUCUCAAGACAGAGGAGACCUGAUAUACUCCAACAUUGACUUUGCCAUGACUUACUGGCGAAACCAGGGAGCCCAUGCUGAGAAACUGAUUAUGGGCUUUUCAACAUAUGGUCGUACGUUCCAACUCUCCUCUGGAAACACUGGUGUCGGAUCACCAGCCAAAGGUGUUGGUGCAGCUGGACCUGUCACUGGCGUGGCUGGUGUCUUAUCUAAUUAUGAGACCUGUUCUUUCCUCCAAGGAGCAACUGUCCAGUGGAUUGAGGAUCAACAGGUUCCCUGCGCCUUCAAAGGAAAUCAGUGGGUUGGAUUUGACAAUAGAGAUAGCUAUGAUGCAAAGGUCAGUUACCUAAAGUCUAAUGGCUUUGGAGGGGCUAUGGUCUGGUCCCUGGACAUGGAUGACUUUUCUGGACAGUAUUGUGGGCAGGGCAGCUAUCCUCUGAUUGGCCAUCUCCAACAAUUACUCACCAUCGACUCUUCAGUGAUUGGAGCACAAACCACAACCAAAAUGACAACCAAGUCCAAACCUGAGGUCAACCCCACUGUCCGUGUUAAGACCAACACCACAGUCCGUGUUAUGACCAACACCACAGUCCGUGUUUCUGGCAGUAGUUUCUGUACAAACAAGGAUGAUGGGAUUUAUGUCAGUACCGAUGUACCUGGAACUUUCUAUCAAUGUGCUAAGGGCUUAACCUGGAUGAUAUACUGCCCAACUGGACUAGUCUUUGACAUCAGCUGCAAGUGCUGCAAGUCAACCAAAGAAUCUGGCUCCAGCUCCAAAAUGGUCUGCUACUUUCCCAACGGGGCCCAGUACAGACCUGGAAUUGGGAAGUUCCUGCCAGAUAAUAUCAACCCACAAAUGUGUACUCAUCUGAUCUAUGCCUACUCCAUUAUCAACUCGUCCAAUGAACUUGACAUCUCAGAACAGGAUGAUGAGACCCUGUACAGCUCCUUCAAUGGACUUAAAAGCAGAAAUCCUCAGCUCAAAACACUGUUGGCUGUUGGUGGACCGAACUUUGGCACAAAACAGUUCACCAUCAUGGUUUCAACACCUGGUAAUCGACAGAAGUUCAUCCAGUCCUCAAUCAGUUUUCUCAGGAAGCAUGGAUUUGACGGGUUAGAUCUGGCCUGGGAGUACCCUGGAUCACAGGGCAGCCCCCCGGAGGACAAGCAGAGAUUCACGCUGUUGUGCCAGGAGUUCCUGGCAGCCUUUGUUGCUGAAAGCAAUGCAACCACGGUUACAAAUAUGACUAAGGAUAAUCAGGGGAACGGUGACACUAAAGGCAAGGCAACCAACCGCAACAGACUACUGCUAACUGCUGCUGUGGCUUCUGGGAAAUAUGCCAUUGAUGCUGGCUAUGAAAUUGCGAAAAUUUCAAAAUACCUGGACUUCAUUAAUGUAAUGACCUAUGACUUCCAAUCAUCUGGAGCCAACGUGACAAGACACCAUUGCCCUCUGUAUCGGGGAUCUCAAGACACAGGAGACCUGAUCUACUCCAACAUUGACUUUGCCAUGACUUACUGGCGAAACCAGGGAGCCCAUGCUGAGAAACUGAUUAUGGGCUUUUCAACAUAUGGUCGUACGUUCCAACUCUCCUCUGGAAACACUGGUGUCGGAUCACCAACCAAAGGUGUUGGUGCAGCUGGACCUGUCACUGGGGUGGCUGGUGUCUUAUCUAAUUAUGAGACCUGUUCUUUCCUCCAAGGAGCAACUGUCCAGUGGAUUGAGGAUCAACAGGUUCCCUGCGCCUUCAAAGGAAAUCAGUGGGUUGGAUUUGAGAAUAGAGAUAGCUAUGAUGCAAAGGUCAGUUACCUAAAGUCUAAUGGCUUUGGAGGGGCUAUGGUCUGGUCCCUGGACAUGGAUGACUUUUCUGGACAGUACUGUGGGCAGGGCAGCUAUCCCCUGAUUGGCCAUCUGCAACAAUUACUCACCAUUGACUCUUCAGUGGUUGGGGUACAUACCACAACCAAAAUGACAACCAAGUCCAAACCUGAGGUCAACCCCACUGUCCGUGUUAAGACCAACACCACAGUCCGUGUUAUGACCAACACCACAGUCCGUGUUUCUGGCAGUAGUUUCUGUACAAACAAGGAUGAUGGGAUUUAUGUCAGUACCGAUGUACCUGGAACUUUCUAUCAAUGUGCUAAGGGCUUAACCUGGAUGAUAUACUGCCCAACUGGACUAGUCUUUGACAUCAGCUGCAAGUGCUGCAAGUCACCCAAAAACUCUGGCUCCAGCUCCAGCUCCAAAAUGGUCUGCUACUUUCCCAACGGGGCCCAGUACAGACCUGGAAUUGGGAAGUUCCUGCCAGAUAAUAUCAACCCACAAAUGUGUACUCAUCUGAUCUAUGCCUACUCCAUUAUCAACUCGUCCAAUGAACUUGACAUCUCAGAACAGGAUGAUGAGACCCUGUACAGCUCCUUCAAUGGACUUAAAAGCAGAAAUCCUCAGCUCAAAACACUGUUGGCUGUUGGUGGACCGAACUUUGGCACAAAACAGUUCACCAUCAUGGUUUCAACACCUGGUAAUCGACAGAAGUUCAUCCAGUCCUCAAUCAGUUUUCUCAGGAAGCAUGGAUUUGACGGGUUAGAUCUGGCCUGGGAGUACCCUGGAUCACAGGGCAGCCCCCCGGAGGACAAGAAGAGAUUCACGCUGUUGUGCCAGGAGUUCCUGGCGGCCUUUGUUGCUGAAAGCAAUGCAACCACUGUAAGAAAUAUGACUAAGGAUAAUCAGGGGAACGGUGAUACUAAAGGCAAGGCAACCAACUGCAACAGAUUACUGCUAACUGCUGCUGUGGCUUCUGGGAAAUAUGCCAUUGAUGCUGGCUAUGAAAUUGCUGAAAUUUCAAAAUACCUGGACUUCAUUAAUGUAAUGACCUAUGACUUCCAAUCAUCUGGAGCCAACGUGACAAGACACCAUUGCCCUCUGUAUCGGGGAUCUCAAGACAGAGGAGACCUGAUAUACUCCAACAUUGACUUUGCCAUGACUUACUGGCGAAACCAGGGAGCCCAUGCUGAGAAACUGAUUAUGGGCUUUUCAACAUAUGGUCGUACGUUCCAACUCUCCUCUGGAAACACUGGUGUCGGAUCACCAGCCAAAGGUGUUGGUGCAGCUGGACCUGUCACUGGGGUGGCUGGUGUCUUAUCUAAUUAUGAGACCUGUUCUUUCCUCCAAGGAGCAACUGUCCAGUGGAUUGAGGAUCAACAGGUUCCCUGCGCCUUCAAAGGAAAUCAGUGGGUUGGAUUUGAGAAUAGAGAUAGCUAUGAUGCAAAGGUCAGUUACCUAAAGUCUAAUGGCUUUGGAGGGGCUAUGGUCUGGUCCCUGGACAUGGAUGACUUUUCUGGACAGUACUGUGGGCAGGGCAGCUAUCCCCUGAUUGGCCAUCUGCAACAAUUACUCACCAUUGACUCUUCAGUGAUUGGAGCACAAACCACAACCAAAAUGACAACCAAGUCCAAACCUGAGGUCAACCCCACUGUCCGUGUUAAGACCAACACCACAGUCCGUGUUAUGACCAACACCACAGUCCGUGUUUCUGGCAGUAGUUUCUGUACAGGCAAGGAUGAUGGGAUUUAUGUCAGUACCGAUGUACCUGGAACUUUCUAUCAAUGUGCUAAGGGCUUAACCUGGAUGAUAUACUGCCCAACUGGACAUGUCUUUGACAUCAGCUGCAAGUGCUGCAAGUCACUCAAAAACUCUGGCUCCAGCUCCAGCUCCAAAGUGGUCUGCUACUUUUCCAAUGAGGCCCAGUACACACCUGGAAUUGGGAAGUUCCUGCCAGAUAAUAUCAACCCACAAAUGUGUACUCAUCUGAUCUAUGCCUACUCCAUUAUCAACUCGUCCAAUGAACUUGACAUCUCAGAAAAGGAUGAUGAGACCCUGUACAGUUCCUUCAAUGGACUUAAAACCAGAAAUCCUCAGCUCAAAACUCUGUUGGCUGUUGGCGGACCAAACUUUGGCACAAAACAGUUCACCAUCAUGGUUUCAACACCUGGUAAUCGACAGAAGUUCAUCCAGUCCUCAAUCAGUUUUCUCAGGAAGCAUGGAUUUGAUGGGUUAGAUCUGGCCUGGGAGUACCCUGGAUCACAGGGCAGCCCCCCGGAGGACAAGCAGAGAUUCACGCUGUUGUGCCAGGAGUUCCUGGCGGCCUUUGUUGCUGAAAGCAAUGCAACCACGGUUACAAAUAUGACUAAGGAUAAUCAGGGGAACGGUGACACUAAAGGCAAGGCAACCAACUGCAACAGACUACUGCUAACUGCUGCUGUGGCUUCUGGGAAAUAUGCCAUUGAUGCUGGCUAUGAAAUUGCCAAAAUUUCAAAAUACCUGGACUUCAUUAAUGUAAUGACCUAUGACUUCCAAUCAUCUGGAGCCAAUGUGACAAGACACCAUUGCCCUCUGUAUCGGGGAUCUCAAGACAGAGGAGACCUGAUAUACUCCAACAUUGACUUUGCCAUGACUUACUGGCGAAACCAGGGAGCCCAUGCUGAGAAACUGAUUAUGGGCUUUUCAACAUAUGGUCGUACGUUCCAACUCUCCUCUGGAAACACUGGUGUUGGAUCACCAGCCAAAGGUGUUGGUGCAGCUGGACCUGUCACUGGGGUGGCUGGUGUCUUAUCUAAUUAUGAGACCUGUUCUUUCCUCCAAGGAGCAACUGUCCAGUGGAUUGAGGAUCAACAGGUUCCCUGUGCCUUCAAAGGAAAUCAGUGGGUGGGAUUUGACAAUAAAGAUAGCUAUGAUGCAAAGGUGAGUUACCUGAAGAAUAAUGGCUUUGGGGGGGCUAUGGUCUGGUCUCUGGACAUGGAUGACUUUUCUGGACAGUCUUGUGGACAGGGCAACUAUCCCCUGAUUGGCCAACUGCAAGUGCUUCUCAACAAUGGCACCUCACAAACCGAAGCACCACCCACAACUAAAAUACCUAACCAGGCAACUACCAAAGUAACAACUAAGACUCUGACCGAGGCAACUACCAAAGCAACCACCAAGACUCCAACUGCAGGGACCACAAAGGCAACAACCAAGACUCCAAGCGAGGCAACCACCAUGGCGACCACCAAGACAUCAACUGCGGCAACCACCAAGCCAACAACCAAGACUCCAACCGAGGGAUCCACCAAGGCAACAACCAAGACUCCAACUGCAGUGACCACAAAGGCAACGACCAAGUCUCCAACCGAGGCAUCCACCAAGGCAACAACCAGGACUCUGACCGAGGCAACAACUAAAGCAACCACCAAUACUCCAUCUGCGGUGACCACCAAGGCAACAACCAAGACUCUGACCGAGGCAACUACCAAAGCAACCACCAAGACUCCAAAUACAGUGACCACAAAGGCAACAACCAAGACUCCAGCUGAGGAAACAACCAAGGCAACCACCAAGCCUCCAACUGAGGCAACCACCAAGGUAACAACCAAGACUCCAACUGAGGCUACCAACAAGACAACAACCAAGACUCAAACCGAGGCAACCACCAAGGCAACAACCAAGACUCUGACCGAGGCAUCCACCAAGGCAACAACUAAGACUAUGACCGAGGCAACUACCAAAGCAACCACCAAUACUCCAAAUACAGUCACCACAAAGGCAACAACCAAGACUCCAGCUGAGGCAACAACCAAGGCGACCACUAAGUCCCCAACUGAGGCAACCACCAAGGAAACAACCAAGACUCCAACUGAGGCAACUAACAAGGCAACGACCAAGUCCCCAACCGAGGCAUCCACCAGGGCAACAACCAGGACUCCAACCGAGGCAACUACCAAAGCAACCACCAAGACUCCAACUGCAGGGACCACCAAGGCAACAACCAAGACUCCAACUGCAGUGACCACAAAGGCAACGACCAAGUCUCCAACCGAGGCAUCCACCAAGGCAACAACCAGGACUCUGACCGAGGCAACAACUAAAGCAACCACCAAUACUCCAUCUGCGGUGACCACCAAGGCAACAACCAAGACUCUGACCGAGGCAACUACCAAAGCAACCACCAAGACUCCAAAUACAGUGACCACAAAGGCAACAACCAAGACUCCAGCUGAGGAAACAACCAAGGCAACCACCAAGCCUCCAACUGAGGCAACCACCAAGGUAACAACCAAGACUCCAACUGAGGCUACCAACAAGACAACAACCAAGACUCAAACCGAGGCAACCACCAAGGCAACAACCAAGACUCUGACCGAGGCAUCCACCAAGGCAACAACUAAGACUAUGACCGAGGCAACUACCAAAGCAACCACCAAGACUCCAAAUACAGUCACCACAAAGGCAACAACCAAGACUCCAGCUGAGGCAACAACCAAGGCGACCACUAAGUCCCCAACUGAGGCAACCACCAAGGAAACAACCAAGACUCCAACUGAGGCAACUAACAAGGCAACGACCAAGUCCCCAACCGAGGCAUCCACCAGGGCAACAACCAGGACUCCAACCGAGGCAACUACCAAAGCAACCACCAAGACUCCAACUGCAGGGACCACAAAGGCAACAACCAAGACUCCAAGCGAGGCAACCACCAAGGCGACCACCAAGACAUCAACUGCGGCAACCACCAAGCCAACACCCAAGACUCCAACCGAGGGAUCCACCAAGGCAACGACCAAGUCUCCAAUCGAGGCAACAUCCAAAGCAACAACCAAGACUCCAACCGAGACAACAACUAAGGCGACCACCAAGACAUCAACUGCGACAACCACCAAGGCAACAACCAAGACUCCAACCGAGGCAUCCACCAAGGCAACAACUAAGACUCUGACCGAGGCAACUACCAAAGCAACCACCAAGUCUCCAACUGAGGCAACCACCAAGGUAACAACCAAGACUCCAACUGAGGCUACCACCAAGACAACAACCAAGACUCAAACCGAAGCAACCACCAAGGCAACAACAAAGACUCUGACGGAGGCAUCCACCAAGGCAACAACUAAGACUCUGACCGAGGCAACUACCAAAGCAACCACCAAGACUCCAAAUACAGUGACCACAAAGGCAACAACCAAGACUCCAGCUGAGGCAACAACCAAGGUGACCACCAAGUCUCCAACUGAGGCAACCACCAAGGAAACAACCAAGACUCCAACUGAGGCAACUAACAAGGUAACGACCAAGGCAACAACCAGGACUCCAACCGAGGCAACUACCAAAGCAACCACCAAGACUCCAAAUACAGUGACCACAAAGGCAACAACCAAGACUCCAGCUGAGGCAACAACCAAGGUGACCACCAAGUCUCCAACUGAGGCAACCACCAAGGAAACAACCAAGACUCCAACUGAGGCAACUAACAAGGUAACGACCAAGGCAACAACCAGGACUCCAACCGAGGCAACUACCAAAGCAACCACCAAGACUCCAACUGCAGGGACCACAAAGGCAACAACCAAGACUCCAAGCGAGGCAACCACCAAGGCGACCACCAAGACAUCAACUGCGGCAACCACCAAGCCAACAACCAAGACUCCAACCGAGGGAUCCACCAAGGCGACGACCAAGUCUCCAAUCGAGGCAACAUCCAAAGCAACAACUAAGACUCCAACCGAGACAACAACUAAGGCGACCACCAAGACUUCAACUGCGACAACCACCAAGGCAACAACCAAGACUCCAACCGAGGCAUCCACCAAGGCAACAACUAAGACUCUGACCGAGGCAACUACCAAAGCAACCACCAAGUCUCCAACUGAGGCAACCACCAAGGUAACAACCAAGACUCCAACUGAGGCUACCACCAAGACAACAACCAAGACUCAAACCGAAGCAACCACCAAGGCAACAACCAAGACUCUGACGGAGGCAUCCACCAAGGCAACAACUAAGACUCUGACCGAGGCAACUACCAAAGCAACCACCAAGACUCCAAAUACAGUGACCACAAAGGCAACAACCAAGACUCCAGCUGAGGCAACAACCAAGGCGACCACCAAGUCUCCAACUGAGGCAACCACCAAGGAAACAACCAAGACUCCAACUGAGGCAACUAACAAGGCAACGACCAAGGCAACAACCAGGACUCCAACCGAGGCAACUACCAAAGCAACCACCAAGACUCCAACUGCAGGGACCACAAAGGCAACCACCAAGACUCCAAGCGAGGCAACCAACAAGGCGACCACCAAGACAUCAACUGCGGCAACCACCAAGCCAACAACCAAGACUCCAACCGAGGGAUCCACCAAGGCAACAACCAAGUCUCCAAUCGAGGCAACAUCCAAAGCAACAACCAAGACUCCAACCGAGACAACAACUAAGGCAACCACCAAGACUUCAACUGCGACAACCACCAAGGCAACAACCAAGACUCAAACCGAGGCAUCCACCAAGGCAACAACUAAGACUCUGACCGAGGCAACUACCAAAGCAACCACCAAGACUCCAACUGCAGUGACCACAAAGGCAUCAACCAAAACUCCAGCCGAGGCAACAACUAAGGCGACCACCAAGACUCCAACUGCGGCAACCACCAAGGCAACAACCAAGACUCAAACCGAGGCAUCCACCAAGGCAACAACUAAGACUCUGACCGAGGCAACUACCAAAGCAACCACCAAGACUCCAACUGCAGUGACCACAAAGGCAUCAACCAAAACUCCAGCUGAGGCAACAACUAAGGCGACCACCAAGACUCCAACUGCGGCAACCACCAAGCCAACAACCAAGACUCCAACCGAGGGAUCCACCAAGGCAACAACCAAGUCUCCAAUCGAGGCAACAUCCAAAGCAUCAACCAAGACUCCAACUGAGACAACAACUAAGGCGACCACCAAGACUUCAACUGCGACAACCACCAAGGCAACCACCAAGACUCCAACAACCAAAGCGACCACCAAGACUCCAACCGAGGCAACCACCAAGGUAACAACCAAGACUCCAACCAAGGCAACUACCAAGACAACAACCAAAACUCUGACCGAGACAACAACCAAGGCGACCACCAAGACUUCAACUGCGACAACCACCAAAGCAACAACCAAGACUCCAACCGAGGCAUCCACCAAGGCAACAACUAAGACUCUGACCGAGGCAACUACCAAAGCAACCACCAAGACUCCAACUGCAGUGACCACAAAGGCAUCAACCAAAACUCCAGCUGAGGCAACAACUAAGGCGACCACCAAGACUCCAACUGCGGCAACCACCAAGCCAACAACCAAGACUCCAACCGAGGGAUCCACCAAGGCAACAACCAAGUCUCCAAUCGAGGCAACAUCCAAAGCAUCAACCAAGACUCCAACUGAGACAAGAACUAAGGCGACCACCAAGACUUCAACUGCGACAACCACCAAGGCAACCACCAAGACUCCAACAACCAAAGCGACCACCAAGACUCCAACCGAGGCAACCACCAAGGUAACAACCAAGACUCCAACCAAGGCAACUACCAAGACAACAACCAAAACUCUGACCGAGACAACAACCAAGGCGACCACCAAGACUUCAACUGCGACAACCACCAAAGCAACAACCAAGACUCCAACCGAGGCAUCCACCAAGGCAACAACUAAGACUUUGACCGAGGCAAUUACCAAAGCAACCACCAAGACUCCAACUGCGGUGACCACAAAGGCAUCAACCAAAACUCCAGCUGAGGCAACAACUAAGGCGACCACCAAGACUCCAACCAAGGCAACCACCAAAGUAACAACCAAGACGCCCACUGAGGCAUCUACCAAGGCAACGACCAAGUCUCCAAUCGAGGCAACAUCCAAGGCAAACACCAAGACUCCAACCGAGGCAACCACCAAGGCAACAACCAAGACCCAGACCGAGGCAAAUACCAAGGCAACAACCAAGACACUGACCGAGGCAACCACCAAGGCAACAACCAAGACUCCAACCGGGGCCACUACCAAGGCAACCACCAAGACUCCAACUACAGUGACCACAAAGGUAACAACCAAGACUCCAGCUGAGCCAACAACCAAGGCAACAACCAAGACUCCAACCAAGGCAACUACCAAGACUCAAACUGAGGCAACUACCAAGGCAACAACCAAGUCUCCAACUGAGGCAUCCACCAAUGCAACAACCAGGACUCUGACCGAGGCAAAUACCAAAGCAACCACCAAGACUCCAACUGCGGUGACCACCAAGGCAACCACCAAGACUCCAACAACCAAAGCGACCACCAAGACUCCAACCGAGGCAACCACCAAGGUAACAACCAAGACUCCAACCAAGGCAACUACCAAGACAACAACCAAAACUCUGACCGAGACAACAACCAAGGCGACCACCAAGACUUCAACUGCGACAACCACCAAAGCAACAACCAAGACUCCAACCGAGGCAUCCACCAAGGCAACAACUAAGACUUUGACCGAGGCAAUUACCAAAGCAACCACCAAGACUCCAACUGCAGUGACCACAAAGGCAUCAACCAAAACUCCAGCUGAGGCAACAACUAAGGCGACCACCAAGACUCCAACCAAGGCAACCACCAAAGUAACAACCAAGACGCCCACUGAGGCAUCUACCAAGGCAACCACCAAGUCUCCAAUCGAGGCAACAUCCAAGGCAAACACCAAGACUCCAACCGAGGCAACCACCAAGGCAACAACCAAGACCCAGACCGAGGCAAAUACCAAGGCAACAACCAAGACACUGACCGAGGCAACCACCAAGGCAACAACCAAGACUCCAACCGAGACAACAACCAAGGCAACCACCAAGACUUCAACUGCGACAACCACCAAGCCAACAACCAAGACUCCAACCAAGGCAACUACUAAGGCAACAACCAAAACUCUGACCGAGGCCACUACCAAAGCAACCACCAAGACUCCAACCGAGUCUACCACCAAGGCAACCACCAAGACUCCAACCAAGGCUACCACCAAGGCAUCAACCAAGACUCCAACCGAGGCCACUACCAAGACAACAACCAAGACUCCAACCGAGGCAACUACCAAAGCAACCACCAAGACUCCAACUACAGUGACCACAAAGGUAACAACCAAGACUCCAGCCGAAGCAACUACCAAGGCCACGACCAAGUCUCCAACCGAGGCAUCCACCAAGGCAACAACCAGGACUCUGACUGCUGCGACAACCAAGGCAACAACCAAGACUCCAGCCGAGGCAACAACCAAGGCGACCACCAAGACUUCAACUGCGACAACCACCAAGCCAACAACCAAGACUCCAACCGAGCCAUCAACCAAGACUCCAACCAAAGCAACCACCAAGACUCCAACCGAGCCAACAACCAAGACUCCAACCAAGGCAACUACCAAGGCAACAACCAAAACUCUGACCAAGCCCACUACCAAAGCAACCACCAAGUAUCCAACCGAGGCAUCCACCAAGGCAACAACCAGGUUUCUGACUGAGGCAACUACCAAAGCAACCACCAAGACUCCAACUGCGGUGACCACCAAGGCAACGACCAAGACUCCAACCGAGGCAACAACCAAGGCGACCACCAAGACUUCAACUGCGACAACCACCAAGCCAACACCCAAGACUCCAACCAAGGCAACAACCAAGGCAACAACCAAAACUCUGACCGAGGCCACUACCAAAGCAACCACCAAGACUCCAACUGCGACAACCACCAAGCCAACAACCAAGACUUCAACCAAGGCAACAACCAAGGCAACAACCAAAACUCUGACCGAGGCCACUACCAAAGCAACCACCAAGACUCCAACUGCGGUGACCACCAAGGCAACAACCAAGACUCCAACCGAGGCAACAACCAAUGCGACCACCAAGACUUCAACUGCGACAACCACCAAGCCAACACCCAAGACUCCAACCAAGGCAACAACCAAGGCAACAACCAAAACUCUGACCGAGGCCACUACCAAAGCAACCACCAAGACUCCAACUGCGACAACCACCAAGCCAACAACCAAGACUUCAACCAAGGCAACGACCAAGGCAACAACCAAAACUCUGACCGAGGCCACUACCAAAGCAACCACCAAGACUCCAACUGCGGUGACCACCAAGGCAACAACCAAGACCCCAACCGAGGCAACAACCAAGGUGACCACCAAGACUUCAACUACGACAACCACCAAGCCAACACCCAAGACUCCAACCAAGGCAACAACCAAAACUCUGACCGAGGCCACUACCAAAGCAACCACCAAGACUCCAACCGAGACAACAACCAAGGCGACCACCAAGACUUCAACUGCGACAACCACCAAGCCAACCACCAAGACUCCAACCAAGGCAACGACCAAGGCAACAACCAAAACUCUGACCGAGGCCACUACCAAAGCAACCACCAAGACUCCAACCGAGUCUACCACCAAGGCAACAACCAAGAAUCCAACUGAGGCUACCACCAAGACAACAACCAAGACUCCAACCAAGGCAACUACCAAGGCAACAACCAAAACUCUGACCGAGCCCACUACCAAAGCAACCACCAUGACUCCAACUGAGUCUACCACCAAGGCAACAACCAAGACUCCAACCGAGGCAACCACCAAGUCAACAACUAAGACUCUGACCGAGGCAACCACCAAAGCAACCACCAAGACUCCAACUACAGUGACCACAAAGGCAACAACCAAGACUCCAGCUGAGGCAACAACCAAGGCGACCACCAAGACUCCAACCGAGGCAACCACCAAGGUAACAACCAAGACUCCAACUGAGGCAACCACCAAGGCCACGACCAAGUCUCCAACCGAGGCAUCCACCAAGGCAACAACCAGGACUCUGACCGAGGCAACUACCAAAGCAACCACCAAGACUCCAACUGCGGUGACUACCAAGGCAACAACCAAGACUCCAACCGAGGCAACAACUAAGGCGACCACCAAGACUUCAACUGCGACAACCGCCAAGCCAACACCCAAGACUCCAACCAAGGCAACAACCAAGGCAACUACCAAAACUCUGACCGAGGCCACUACCAAAGCAACUACCAAGACCCCAACCGAGAAAACAACUAAGGUGACCACCAAGACUUCAACUGUGACAACAACCAAGCCAACACCCAAGACACCAACCAAGGCAACAACCAAGGCAACAACCAGGACCCAGACCGAGGCAACUACCAAAGCAACCACCAAGACUCCAACCGCGGUGACCACCAAGGCAACCACCAAGACUCCAACAACCAAAGCGACCACCAAGACUCCAACCCAGGCAACCACCAAGGUAACAACCAAGACUCCAACUGAGGCAACCACCAAGGCCACGACCAAGUCUCCAACCGAGGCAUCCACCAAGGCAACAACGAGGACUCUGACUGAGGCAACUACCAAAGCAACCACCAAGACUCCAACUGCGGUGACUACCAAGGCAACAACCAAGACUCCAACCGAGGCAACAACUAAGGCGACCACUAAGACUUCAACUGCGACAACCGCCAAGCCAACACCCAAGACUCCAACCAAGGCAACAACCAAGGCAACUACCAAAACUCUGACCGAGGCCACUACCAAAGCAACUACCAAGACCCCAACCGAGAAAACAACUAAGGCGACCACCAAGACUUCAACUGUGACAACAACCAAGCCAACACCCAAGACACCAACCAAGGCAACAACCAAGGCAACAACCAGGACCCAGACCGAGGCAACUACCAAAGCAACCACCAAGACUCCAACCGCGGUGACCACCAAGGCAACCACCAAGACUCCAACAACCAAAGCGACCACCAAGACUCCAACCGAGGCAACCACCAAGGUAACAACCAAGACUCCAACCAAGGCAACUACCAAGGCAACAACCAAAAGUCUGACUGAGGCCACUACCAAAGCAACCACCAAGACUCCAACCGAGUCUACCACCAAGACAACAACCAAGACUCUGACCAAGGCAACCACCAAAGCAACCACCAAGACUCCAACUACAGUGACCACAAAGGCAACAACCAAGGCAACCACCAAGUCUCCAACUGAGGCAACCACCAAGGUAACAACCAAGACUCCAACUGAGGCUACCACCAAGACAACAACCAAGACUCUGACCGAGGCAUCCACCAAGGCAACAACCAGGACUCUGACUGAGGCAUCUACCAAAGCAACCACCAAGACUCCAACUGCGGUGACCACCAAGGCAACAACCAAGACUCAAACCAAGGCAACCACCAAGGCAACAACCAAGACUCCAACCGAGGCAACAACCAAGGCAACAACCAAAACUCUGACCAAGGCCACUACCAAAGCAACCACCAAGACUCCAACCGAGACAACAACUAAGGCGACCACCAAGACUUCAACUGCGACAACCACCAAGCCAACAACCAAGACUCCAACCAAGGCAACGACCAAGGCAACAACCAAAACUCUGACCGAGGCCACUACCAAAGCAACCACCAAGACUCCAACCGAGUCUACCACCAAGGCAACAACCAAGACUCCAGCUGAGGCAACAUCCAAGGCGACCACCAAGACUCCAACUGAUAGUGGUUUCUGUGCAGACAAGGGUGAUGGGCUUUAUGUCAAAGCAGAUGCUCCUGGAUAUUUUUAUAAUUGUGGUUAUGGCAUAACCUGGAUCCAGAGCUGCCCUUCAGGCCUAAUGUAUGACGACAGCUGCAAGUGCUGCAACUGGCCCAAAGACUUAGAACCAACUCUUGUACCUACACAUCCCCCAGUGCCAGAGGCACCACACACAACCAAGGCCACUGCCACCACUACACAUGUGGCCGGGUGUACUUUCUGUGAAGACAAAGCUGAUGGGCUGUACCUCAAAGCAGACGCCCCUGGAUCUUUCUAUAAUUGUGGUAAAGGCUUCACCUGGAUCCAGAACUGCCCCGCUGGCUUAAUGUACUACGACAGCUGCAAAUGCUGCAACUGGCCAGAUGAUUUUGCAAUACCCCAGGUGCCACAUAAACGGCCCAAUUCCAAGGAGACCAGUCAUUUCUGUGAAGGCAGGGCGGACGGGCUCUACAACAAAGCAGACGCCCCUGGAUCUUUCCAUCAUUGUGUUAAAGGCUUCACUUGGAUCCAGAACUGCCCCUCUGGCCUGGUAUUCGACGACAGCUGCAAGUGCUGUAUUUGGCCCAAGGGCUCAGAACGACCUCCCCUGCCACCUAGCCGUCCCGACACCAAGACCACCAGUUGUUUCUGUGAGGACAAGGAUGAUGGGCUGUACGACAAAGCAGACGCUCCUGGAUCCUUCUAUAACUGUGGUCACAGGUUCACCUUGAUCCAGAACUGCCCCGCUGGCCUGGUAUUUGAUGACAGAUGCAAGUGCUGCGACUGGCCCGAGGACUCAGAACUAUCUCCCUGGCCACGUAAACGCCCCGAUACCGGCACCAUUACCCGUGUGGCCGGCAGACAUUUCUGUGAAGGCAGGGCUGACGGGAUGUACGACAAAGCAGACGCCCCUGGAUCUUUCUAUCACUGUGGGAACGGCUUCACCUGGAUCCACAGCUGCCCCGCCGGCCUGGUAUUCGACAAUAGCUGCAAGUGCUGCGACUGGCCCGAGGGCUCAGCACUACCCCCCCUACCACCUACCAAGGCCAAGAUCCGCGGGACCAGCAGUUAUUUCUGCGCGGGCAGGUCUUAUGGGCUGUACAUCAAAGCCGAUUCCCCUGGGUCUUACUACCACUGUGCCAACGGCUUCACUUGGAUCCAGAGCUGCCCCUCCGGCAUGGUGUUUGACAACAGCUGCAAGUGCUGUGAAUGGCCAGAAGACUGCCUGAAGUCAUGCCUGCUAAGAACCAAUGUAUAUCACUGAUGGGCGGUUCGCCGAAUUGUAACGCAUGGAAAUAUAUCUGGUGAACACUUUCUUUGUUGAUUAUACAGAAGUUAAUUUUAUUGGGCCUGUCGUGGUGACAACCCACUGUUGAACAAAUCCAUGUAUUUCCAUUAAAUAUUUUCCUUUGUCUCUCAUACUAUCGGACUAUUGGGGGGCACUGACAUCUGAUCAUGUGAAAUGCUUCUUAAUACCUGUACUGUCUACUCAUCUGUGUGGCCUGUAUAAUGUAAUAAUGGAUUUUAAAAUGUGAAUUAAAUCUAUUUGCCUGUGA